UCAACAAAAGGUACCGAAGGAAAGGAAGCGAAAAUGAAUUAACCCAGCCCAAAGGAAGGGAACGAAGAGAAAAAGCCCAUAUUUACUGAAAUGGUGAUUUGCAACUGUACGGUUAUACGAGGACAAAGCGGGGUCUGGUUGGCUUUUUUUCCUCUCUCUUCUUUCUGGACAGUGGCUGGACUGUUCUUCCAGACGUGUGGGAAGGAUUUGGAUGGUAUAACGCUAUUACUGGACACUGCCGAAGAUAACAUGUUUACUAAGUUAGGUAUGUAUCAUAUUUAUUUUCUCCCGUUGCAACGCACGUGCAUUUGUGCUAGUAUAUAUAAACCGAAUAUACUCUAAUACUUGUUUUUUUACAAACGAGACUAACUAGAGACCGGCUAAAAGCUACUCUACCUAACAGCGUACUGAUUCAAACCUCUGUCGGUCGGUCUGUCUGUCUGUCUGUCUGUCUGUCACGUGCAUAUAUAUGCUUCCUCCGCAAGGUACCCCGAUUGUCCAGGCAGCUACCAGGAAACAUCGUCUUGAAGACUUGAACCACCACAAAUUACUUUAUCCGAGGUAGAUUUAGAAACUGACUAUAUAACAUCAGCAUAUAUUUGAGUCCUGAGAUCCAUGCCCAAACUACUUCUCUCGCAAGGCAGAACGGCAACGACAACUAUUUACACCUGGCCAGUGCCAGUGCCACCUGCUACAUAUUCGCAAAACAUUGCAGUCCACCCACCUUCCAUAGGCUCGAGAUGAAGCAGACCGUGGUGAUGUACCCCGGCGCCGGCGUCGGCCACGUUGGCCCCAUGUCGGAGCUCGCCAACGUCUUCCUCGAGCAUGGCUACGACGUCACCGUGGUGCUCGUCGAGCCGCCUUUCAAGUCGACAGACUCCGCCGCCACCGCCAUCGAGCGCAUCGCCGCCUCCAACCCGUCCAUCUCCUUCCAUGUCCUCCCGCCCCUCCCUGCUCCAGACUUUGCAGCCUCCGGCAAGCACCCUUCCCUACUCAUGCUCCAGCUCUUGCACGACUAUAACGAGCGGUUGGAAGCGUUCCUCCGCGGCAUCCCCCGGAAAAAGUUGCACUCUGUCAUCCUCGACAUGUUCUGCGUCCACGCCACCGACGUCUGCGUGAAGCUCGGCGUCCCGGUCUACACGUUCUUCGUCGGGGGCGCCUCGUGCCUGUCUGUCCUAACCCAGGUCCCGGCACUGAUCGCCGGCAGGCAGACGGGCUUGAAGGAACUCGGGGACAUGCCCCUCGAUUUCCUCGGCGUCCCGCCGAUGCCAGCGUCUCAUCUCAUCAAGGAGCUGCUGGAGCACCCCGAGGAUGAGAUGUGCAAGGCCAUGACAGACAUCUGGAAGCGCAACACGGAGACCAUGGGCGUUCUGGUGAACACGUUUGAGUUGUUGGAGAGCCGGGCGGUGCAGUCUCUCAUGGACCUCCCCGGCAGAAAGCUGCCUCCGAUCUACUGCGUCGGGCCGCUGGUCAGCAAGGGCACCAAGGAUCAUUACAAAGCAGAGAGGAACGAGUGCCUUGAGUGGCUCGAUGCGCAGCCCGACCGCAGCGUGGUGUUCCUCUGUUUCGGGAGCAUGGGCACGCUCUCGGCGGAGCAGCUCAAGGAGAUGGCCGUUGGGUUGGAGAGGUCAGGGCAGCGGUUCCUGUGGUCCGUGCGCAAGCCCGCCGGAAGCAACAGCCCGAAGAAGUACUUGGAGGUGCGCCCCGAGCCGGACCUUGACGCGCUGCUGCCUCAAGGAUUCCUACAGCGGACAAAGGGCAGGGGCCUUGUCGUCAAGUCGUGGGCGCCGCAGGUGGCCGUGCUCCGCCACCAGGCGACAGGCGCGUUCGUGACGCACUGCGGAUGGAACUCGGUGCUGGAGGCCGUUGCGGCUGGAGUGCCGAUGUUGUGCCUGCCGCUGGAAGCGGAGCAGAAGAUGAACAAGGUGUGCAUGACAGAGGACAUGGGCGUCGCUCUCGAGCUGGAGGGAUACAUGGCAAGUUUUGUCAAGGCAGAGGAGGUGGAUGCCAAGGUGAGGCUGGUGAUCGAGGGCGAGGAUGGGAGGCAGCUCAGGGCCCGGGUGGCUGCUCGCAGGGAAGAGGCCAAGGCGGCGCUGGAGGAAGGGGGCUCGUCGCGGGCGUCGUUUGCCCGGUUUUUGUUGGAUGUGGACAAUCUCGGAAAGCAGCUCAGCGAGUGACGCACUACUUGCAAAUUGCGACUGUUCUUUGCCUUCUACGUAUAUGUUUCUAGUCCAAGUUUCCCUCUUGUUUAUAUUUUACUCGUAGUUGCAUUGCAUGGUCAAUCACUUAACUUGCUAGCAUGUGCGUAGCACCAUUUAAAACCAUUAAGCUACGCGUGAAGGGUGGCCAACCAGCUACGCCACGUGGCGCAAGCUGGUUGGCCGCGGUGAGAAAUCUUUUGCAACUUUUUUAGAUGAAAGUGUGGAUUAUUUUUUAAAUACAUAUUUUUUAGAUGGAGAUGAUGACCUCUGGUAUUUUUUAAAUGGAGGGUUAUGCAAAGUGGCACUCGCUGGUAGGCUGGAGUGGUAAUUUUUUCUUUUUUCUUUUUUACCUCUUUUUUAGAUGAAGGUGAGGAUAUUUUUUGAGAUGUUAUUUUAGACGGAGGCAAGGACUUUAUGUAUUUUUUUAAAUAAAAAUGUGCGCACAGCUUUCUCUCAAGCGGCGCCACAGGGGGGCGGCCCAAUCACUAGUCUUAAUAAAUCGGCUGUGUAAGUGCCAAGUACCGCAAUUACCUCCACACAUAUUUAGGAUGUUUUCUCUUCCUGGCAAUAAUGGAUCGACUAUGUAGAGUGAUACCUUCCCAAGUGUUCAACCGCACGACAAGGUAUUGGAUUUGAAUUUUAUUCCACAUUGUUCAACUUUAUUUUUCUUUUGGACCGCAACACUUCAACUCUAGCUAGGUUGCUUGAUAAUCGUGAUCCUGUUUCAUGUCAGACCAUGGAGACAACAAAAAAUCUUUUGAAUUUUAUGUUGCUUACUAUUGCUGCGUUGUGAGAGCUUUCUAGUUUCAUUUGCCUUCUUCGUUAAUGCAUGUUCUUUUUCAGACGAAUGCCUUGCAUUUAUGCAUAUAUCAAACUGGGCAUCAGUAUGGAGUUGGAUUUGUAGCACACAUGGACGGGGACACGCAAAUUGUGGGCUAUCGAUUAGCAUUUUGAUCUUGUAUAAGAGUCGGUAUAUUUGUGUAAUGUCAUUGUAAAUUGAAGCAUUAUACAUGUCCUUGUGGCGUAGUGUAACUAUUCAUGUGGGGUAGCCUAACAUACAAUUACUGAAACUAACGUAGACAAUUCCGCAAAACAAAAAUAGCUAACGUAGGCAAGUAGCAGGGACGAGCACUCUGUUCUUCUAGUCCACUCUCAUCCUACAAGAACAAUCAUCAUGGAGCAAGAUUUUGUUGUUCUUCGCGUCAAUGAUAUCAACAAUACUACUAGGACAUGUUUGGUUGCAUGCAUUUCCCUCAACCGAGCCCGCCGGAAAGUUUGUGUCCCGUUU